AUGUCAGAUCCAGCCCGCGUUUCUUCAAAUGAAAAGACCGAAAAGGGCGAAUACAUCCAUGAUGACAACCUUUCCUCUACUGUAGCCCGCACCACCAGUGACGGGCAUCACUCGCCUAACGAAAAGGGAAAGCUCGCCCAGCAUGACGAAUUGGAUGAGAAAGCACGCCAUCUACAGCUCGUCAACGCCAAACUCGCCAACCUGCUUAUGGGCAAGAGCAAGGCCGAAAUCAUCGCCGAUGUCAACGAAUGGACAAAAGAGCACGGUAUGGAAGAUCUUGUAGAAACGUUUAGAAAGGGUGCAUUGGUUGCCGCAAACCCUGCCGGCUUCGAAGAACUUGAUGAACUUAGUGAAGAAGACAAAACCAUUUUGCGUCGUGAGACCACUCACAAGUGGAGCCAGCCAAAGGAGCUCUACUACAUGGUCGCAAUGUGCUCGCUCGCAGCAGCUGUCCAAGGCAUGGAUGAGACUGUCAUCAACGGCGCGAAUCUAUUCUGGCCAGCACAAUUUGGAAUCAACACCAAAGACCCUGACCCAUCCAAGGCAUCGAGGGACCAGUGGCUCCUGGGUAUUGUCGCUAGUGCACCUUGUAACUACGGCAUCACUCGUUAUCCCAAGGCUGACUUUAUCUCACCUCCAGAUCUCUGCUGUGCCCUUAUUGGCUGCUGGCUUACCGAUCCCCUUAAUCGCCGAUUCGGACGUCGUGGAACCAUCUUUAUCACCGGUCUCCUCUCAGCCUUGACCUGCUUCUGGUCUGGUCUGACCAACAAUUGGUACCACCUCUUUAUCGCACGAUUUUUCCUGGGAUUUGGAAUCGGUCCCAAGUCGACCACUGUACCUGUCUAUACCGCAGAGUGUGCACCACCCAACAUUCGAGGCGCCCUCGUUAUGCAAUGGCAAACCUGGACGGCAUUUGGCAUCUUUGCGGGGUUCGCAGCCGACUUGGCACUUUAUCAUGUCCCCGACCAGAGUGGCAUCACCGGUCUCAACUGGCGACUCAUGCUGGGGUCUGCAGGUGUACCGGCUAUCUUUGUUUGUACCAACAUCUUCUUCUGUCCUGAGUCGCCGCGUUGGCUCAUCGGAAAGGGCCGUGUCCUCGAAGGAUACAAGUCACUUGCAAGGCUGAGAAACUCGCCACUUCAGGCUGCAAGAGACACAUACUACAUCCAGAAACAACUGGAGAUGGAGUCACAAGUUGCUAUACGAGGCCGGUUUCGGUUCUUCGAGCUAUUCACCGUGCCUAGGAAUCGACGGGCUACGCUUGCGUCUGCGUCGCUUACUUAUCUCCAGCAAAUGUGUGGGAUCAACAUCAUUGCCUAUUAUUCGGCAACCAUCUUCGAAGAAUCCGGGUUUAGUACUAUUUCGGCGCUCUCUGCAUCCCUCGGCUUUGGCGCCCUCAAUUGGAUCUUUGCUGCACCGGCCAUCUUUACAAUCGAUACCUUUGGCCGACGAGCCUUGCUUCUCACUACAUUUCCCUUGAUGUCAUUAUUUUUAUUCGUAACAGGAUUCGCAUUCUGGAUUCCGGACCGCGAGACCCGCGUUGCGAUUGUGGCGUUGGGGGUUUACCUAAUGACUAUUGCAUAUUCACCUGGUGAAGGACCUGUGCCGUUUACGUAUUCUGCAGAGGCAUUCCCUCUCUAUGUACGUGAACUUGGGAUGAGCCUUGCUAUCGCCAUCACGUGGUUCUUCAACUUUGUCGUCUCCAUAACGUUCCCUCGUCUGCUCGGCGCGUUCAAGCCCCAAGGAGCCGUCUCAUGGUAUGCCGGAUGGAAUGCUAUCGGCUUCUUCAUUAUACUCCUUUUCGUUCCAGAGACCAAGGCACUUUCUCUUGAAGAACUCGAUGCCGUCUUUUCGGUCUCAACUCGUCGCCACGCAAUGUAUCAACUCCGUCAAGUGCCUAUCUUCAUCAGGAAGCACAUCCUCAGACAGAAAAAUGUCCAAGAGCAGCCACCUCUUUACGAAGAAGUUUCAAAUGAGAACAAAACCUUUGCUCCCACCGCCGCGGCAGCAUAA